ACAGCACCUUCGCGUCCCACAACACCUUCCCGGUCCCGCAGACAAACCUCUCCCAAAUCCCAGUCGCCCGCCCGCCCUCGAUCGACAGCACCCUUUCCUAGCUGCAGUAGAACCCUAGCAGCAGAUCGGGCAUCCGCCGGCCGGGAUGGAGGGGCUCGACGUCGACGACGUCUUCCACCACUACCGGCUGAGCCCCACGGAAGUGGACGCCGUCACCUACUACCUACCACGCCUCCUCUCCGGCGAGACUCUGCACGGCGUCGACAAGCUCAUCCACCGCGCCAACAUCUCCGGCUGCGAGCCCAAGGAUCUGACCGCCCGGUACGCGCCCGUGCCGCAGGCCGUGAGCAGCCGCGACCGGUUCUUCUUCACCACGUGCAAGAGCAAGAACGGGAGCAAGCACCGGAGCGUGCGCGGCGCCGGCACCGGCACCUGGACCAUCCAGAAGACCACGGAGAUUUUCCACGCGGGAGUCAAGGUCGGCGAGGUCAAGAACCUGUCCUUCAAGAAGAAGGGCAAGUCCACCAGCUGGGUCAUGGAGGAGUACCGGUGCCUGCUGCCGGGGGCCACCGUCAGCGACGGGGUGAAGGUCUUCUGCAAGAUGCACUUGGCUCAGCAUGCCCCUGACGCGGCCCGACAGGAAUCGGAGGCGUACAAGCUUCAACAACCGCAACCGGAGGCCGUGACCCAGAGCACGCACGCGCAGAAGAGGCCAGCAACCGCUGCCGCCGCCGAGCCUCAUCCGGCGCGCCCUCAGAAGAGGAUGCGCGGUGCCGUCCCGGUCCCGGCACCUGCCACAUCGUCGUUCACCGCUGCAGCACCGGUUUUCUUGCCGGAUGAAUCCGUACCUGAAGCUGACGACGACAUGGCCCGGUUCUGUUGCACAAUCGAUGAGCUUCUCGGGUCACAAGCGGAGGAAAAUCUCCCGGUCGGAGCUACUAACAGCAUCGAACAGAAUUUCUACUUGGAACCAGAGGGGCUUUUCGCUGAUGCUGCAGAAGAAAUCGUCCCGCUCGAAGCUGACGAGCUGGAGUUCCUUAGGACCUUCCUCGAUGAAGAAGCAGAAGAGUCGACGAACGACAAGUCAUCCAUUGCCCAAGACGUGGGGACUUACAAGCCGCCGCCGCCGAUCAUCUUCCAUGAUCCAUUUGAAGCAGCGUGGAAGGCCGAAGAGGCGCUGGAGAAGGAGAAGAGGUGCAAUGCCGCGGCCAAUCUUCACGCUGGAGGGCACAGCAACUUCUUCUCGCCUGCAAGUGUCUACUAAGUCCGAUGUUGAAAUUGCUUUCAAAGUGUAUACGAGGAUACUCACUGGCUGAUGUAUUAGUUCGUCCAUGUACGAUCGCCACCGAUGUACCUCUGAGCAAUUUGCUCCACUUGUUCAUGCAAGCUAGUAAAACUGUUGUUCUUCUUCUUGCUCCUGUGAUGGAUUUCUGAACCUUGCACUCGCUCCUGCACCA